CCAGGACCAAGACUAGGACCGAUCAUCUUAAACAGUGAAAUCCAAUGUGGGAACGUUACGUUUCAAUACCCAUUUGAAAUAAAAGACCAACAUUAUCCCAAUGGUAGCUGGUUUAGAUUCAUCUGCAAGAAAACAACCAAUGGGGGGUCAAUGCCUUUCUUAAACAUAAAUGGCAUGGACCUGCGGAUACUAGACUUUAAUUUUUUGUCCGGCAACGUUGUGGUGAACCAUACAAUAUCUUAUUUCAAUUGUCGCAAUAGCAAGAACAAUGGAAUGAGUCUUAACCUCACAGCCACCCCCUUUUACUACUCAGAUUUCGACAACAUAAUUUGGUCUGCAGGUUGCGGUAAUUUGGUGACUGUUUUCGGCAAUGAAACGAGUAAUUUUAUAGGUGGCUGUUUGCAACCAAGCUGUAGGAAUGGCGAUGAGGCUUCCUCUGCUACUGGCUGCCCUACUAAAGUUCCUCAGGGUCUCACUUCUUUCUUUGUAAACAUGAGUGGAAGGGUUGAUUCUAGUGAUUAUAGCAGGAGAAGAUCUUGUGGAUUUGCUUCCAUAGUCGGAUCAAAUGUUUACUACGAUUUGACCUCUGAGGCACAAGGUUUUGAUUUAAGUAAUUGGACGUAUGUUCCAAUAUCUCUGCAAUGGAGCACGCCGAUAACAGGAGCGUGCCAUUUGAAGCAAGGUUUAAGCACUACUUGUAGCCGUGAUCGUGAAUAUUGCUGGCAAAGUUUGGGCUCUACUCAUCUCUGUGUAUGCAACAAGGGUUACGAUAUCGGGGAUUUUUCGAGGUUAUGCAAAGGAAAGAAUUGCGGGGCUUAUAUUUGGUGUCACAUGCUUUGUUUGAAUACUCCUGGUAAUUAUUGUUCACCACGGGACUGCCCCCUUGGAUAUGAAUACAAUACCACCGCAUUUAGUUGUGAACCCAGAAGAUUUACUUCACUAGUACCACCACAUAAUACUCGGAACUGGACAAGCAUCAUUAUAGGUAUGACUUGAAUUCAUUCAUUCAUUCUUUUCUACAUAUGGAAGCAUUACGAUUUA